UCAGGAAGAAAACAAUAACAACAUCACGUGUUCGCAGCGCAGCGUCGCGUGUGAAGAGCGGAGGUGUUUCGCGUUCGUCUCCAGAAGAUCUCUGGAGGUCUGGAGAGAUGGAGGAGAAGCACAUGCAGUCCGUGCUGAUCGCUCUGCUCAGACAGGAUCAGGUCCAGCUGUGGACGGAGCCCUUCAUCUCUGACCAGCACAGCAUCCGGGAGCUGGCUCAGAAAUACGUGUCAGCCACUGAGUUCUCUCUGGAGCAGGUGAUCUUCACUCUGGAGAGCAUCAGAGCAGACACCAGCAGGAAAGAUGAAGGGAACAAGCAGUUUAAAGAGACGGCAGUGGCCUCGCUGGAGCUCCACCUGCCCAGGACAGCAGAGAAUAACAGAAGGAGAGUUCAUUUAAAAACCAAGCUGGACAUCACCGUGCAAGAGCUGAAGAAACAGAUCAGUGCGGAGUACGGCUUCACACACUUCAAUCUGAUUUUAUCUGGGAAGAAGCUGGCUCUAGGGAGGAGGCUCGAUGAACAGAACGUGAAGAACAACAGUAAGAUGAUGGUGCUGAAGGUGUCCUCGCAGCAGGAGAAGAGCGAGAUGCUGGAGGAGGAGGAGAAGAAGAGCAGGCAGGAUGAAGGAGUGCAGAGGACGCAGAAGGGUUUCCAGAUCCUGUCGGAGAGAGACGGGAGUGAAGAUCCAGUCUCCACCCCGUUCUUAGAGAUUGCGGAUCAGAAAGGAAAUCCGCUGCAGAUCCCUGACAGCGAGAGGAAGGCUCUGAUCCUGGCGAUGGGUUUCCAUGAGAAAGGUCGAGCUCUGUUGAAGAAGAGGAACCACAGCGCCGCUCUGUGUCACCUGCUGCAGGCCGACGAACAGUUCAAUAAGUGUAACUCGGCGCUGCUGAGGACGGUGGAUAACUACGCCGUGCUGCAGCUGGAUGUGGUUUGGUGUUUUCAGGCUCUGCAGCAGCUCGACUGUCUGAACGACGCCAGACAGCGUCUGGAACGAGCCGAGGAGUGCUUCAAGAGAUGCUACGGAGAGCAGCAGAGCCGUCUGCAGCAGAUCAAGGGUCACACCGGAGGAGAGGACGUGCUGUUUCUGAGGCUCUAUCUGCUCCAGAGUCUGCUGGCCUACCAUGAUGGCAAGAAGAACCAAGCGUUCAACAAGCUCAGAAACGUGGAGGAGCUGCUCGGUCAGCUGUGUCUGGACCCUGAGAAGAUGCUCCGGCUGAUGACUCUGGGUUUCUCAGAGCAGGAGGCACGUCUGGGUCUGAGAGCCUGUCGAGGAGACGUGGAGGAGGCAGAGCGGCUCAUCUCACAGAGGAAGAAGGAGAAGAAGGAGCUGAAGGAGCGCGAGCGGGAGAAAAGGAGAUGCCGUCUGCAGGACAUCAACACACUGGUGGAGCUGGGCUUCAGUAAAAGAGACGCCGCCAGAGCCAUCCAUCAGACCAGAGGAGACGUGGACAAGGCCUACACGGUCCGAACACACUAACUCACUCACUCACACACAC